GGGGGGGGGGGUGACCCGUGCGCUCGGCGUCUCCAGGGCAGCGGCGAAGGCAGGGGCAGAGGCGGGGGCCGUGAAGGGCCAUGGCUGAGCUGGCUCCGGUAACAAUGACAUUUGAUGAUGUGGCCUUAUAUUUUUCGGAUCAAGAGUGGGAGAUCCUGGAGAAGUGGCAGAAGGAAAUGUAUCAGCAAGUGAUGAAGACCAAUUAUGAGACUCUUGAUUCCCUGGGUGGUGUUUUUUCCAAGCCGGAUUUGAUCACUUGGAUGGAACAAGGGAGAACGCUGUUAAUCAGAGACCAGGGACCCUUGGAGAAAAGAAUGACACUUAGCCCUUCUGCUGAUGAGCAGUGCGGCACGCAGAAGACUGGAAAGUUGCUGUAUUUUGGUGACCAAGGAAAUCUUGGGGCAGAAGAGGAGGAAUGCCGUUCAAAUGGCCUCCAAAAGCAGGGUUCGUGUGCUACCUUCCCAGGGGAGGAAAGAAAGAUCUUACCAAAUCAAAGAGCCACCUUACGGCACCCAAGUCUCCAAGAAAUAGGGAUUCCACAUGAAAACCUUGACAGCAUAUCCUCUAAUCGGGAUAAGAACGAUCCAUGGCCUACGCGGGUAGGUACCCCAGGUCACUUGGAAAUUCCACCGGGGCCAAGAUUUUAUUCCUGUUUUGUCUGUAGGAAGGUCUUCCAGGUAAAGAGAGACUUGGUAAAGCACAAAAGAAACCACGCCAAGAGCCAGCUCUGUAAAUAUCCACAGCACAAAAAUGAAUCCAGAGGGAGCUCUGAACUCCGGUGGAACCGGCCGGUCCUGUGUAAGAAGAAGCGUUUCCAGUGUGGCAAGUGCGAGAAGAGCUACUAUCUGAAGUGCAGCCUGAUCAUUCACCAGGUUGUUCACAUGGGCCAGCGCCCCCUCCCAUGCCCCCAGUGUGACCAGACCUUCCAGUUUAGAGCCACUCUGAAGAAGCAUCUGGGUUUGCACAAAAGGGAGAGACCAUUUUCCUGUGAGCGGUGCGGCAAGGGUUUCGUCUCGCGGUGCAAGCUCACGGAGCACGUCAGGGUGCACACUGGGGAGAAGCCUUUCCGGUGUCCAGAGUGUGACAGAAGCUUCCGCCUGCGGAGAAGUUUGAAGGCCCACGUUUGCCGACACAAUGGGAAGAAGCCUUUCCGUUGCCCGGAGUGUGGCAGAAGCUUUUCCCGAAAGGCUGCCGUGAAGGCCCACCAGAGGAUCCACGGUGGAGAGAAGCCGUUUUCUUGCGACGAAUGUGGUCGGAAGUUCACGCACAAGACGAAACUCACUGAACAUAUCAGAGUUCAUACGGGAGAGAAGCCCUUCCAGUGUCCCGAGUGUGAGAAGAGCUUCCGCCUGAAGAGAAGCCUCAAAGCCCAUCUAUUUCAGCACAGUGGGAAGAAGCCCUUCCAGUGUCCCGAGUGUGACAGGAGCUUCUCUUGGAAGAACGCCAUGAAGGCCCACCAGCGUCUACACAGCGAAGAGAAGCCGUUCUCCUGCGGGGAGUGUGGCAAGAGGUUUACCCGGCCCUCGAAGCUCACUCGCCAUAGCAGAGUCCACAACAGGCAGAGGGAAUUCUCCUGCGAUGAGUGCAAAAAGACGUUCCCUCGGCAGUCGAGGCUCACGGAGCACCUCAAGGUCCACGCCAAAGAAAAGCCGUUCUCCUGUCCCGAGUGCAGCCGGAGCUUCAGCCGACACUCGCACCUCGCCGAGCACAGGAGGCUUCACGGUGGGGAGGAGCCCUUCCGGUGUCCAGAGUGUGACAAGAGCUUCUUCUGGAAGGCCUCCCUGAAGUUCCACCAGCGGAUACACAGGGGCGAGAAGCCGUUUGCGUGCAGCGAGUGCGGGAAGACCUACACCCAGCAGUCUCAGCUCACCGAACAUCAGAGACUCCACAGCGGAGAGAAACCCUUCCGGUGUCCUGAGUGCAAUAAAAGCUUCCGUCUCAAAGGGAAUUUGAAAAGCCACCUGCUCCAGCACAGUGACAAAAAGCCGUUCUCCUGCGUUAAGUGCGGCAAAAGUUUCACUCAGCGGUACAGGCUCACCGAACACAUUCGAGUCCAUAGUGGUGAGAAGCCCUUCCGGUGUCCCGAGUGUGACAAGAGCUACUGCAUACGGGGAAGCCUGAAGGUCCACUUGCACACGCAUAGUGGAGAGAAGCCCUUCGGGUGUCCGGAAUGUGGCAAAGGCUUCCUCCAGAAGAGAAGUCUGAAGACCCACCUGCACCAUCACAGAGGGGAGAGGCCUUUUUCUUGUGACGAGUGUGGAAGGAGCUUUACGUACAUGGGAGCACUCAACACCCAUAUGGCCGUACAUGCCAGGGCAAAGCCCCUCAGUGUCUAGGCCAAGCCACGCAGAAAGGCAGCAGUGACAGCUCUUAGGUGGCGUUAGCAGCUCUGUCGGAUCCACGGUAGAAGGGGGAUAAGGGAUUCACGGGACACCGGCCUCACAUACGCUGGCCAGAUGCACAGCAGGCAGGGCGUGACAGCUCCUUGACAAAGGUCCCCAAUUAUCCAGGCACAAGAGGCGUCUCCCCUUUGUGAUUCCUGUGGACCAGGCCUGCCGGUUCUGGAAGAAACACUCGACUCUGCCGCCAUUCCGGCAGUUUUUAGCAGCGUCAUCCAAGAGCACGGUAAUACCUUUAUUAAAUUCUGAAACCUUGGGGCACCUGGGUGGCUCGGCUGAGUGGUUGAUUUCAGCUCAAGUCAUGAUCCCGGGGUCGUGGCAUCGAGCCCCGCGUCGGGCUCUGCGCCGAGCUUAAAGCCUGCUUAAGAUUCCCUCUCUCUUUCCCUCUGCCCCUCUCCCCCACUCGCGCGCGCUCUCUCUGAAAUAACAAUAGAAGAAAUUCCGAAACCACAGCUCGAUUGAAGAAAUGUUACAGACUGAAAUGUUUCCCCUCAGACGCCUCAGUCUGCUUUCUAUUAUCAGGCCUCCUUAUUUAAAUUUGUACUGAGACUUUCAGUUUUUUCUCAUAUAGUGAAUUUUCAUUUUCUCUCACAUGGUGAGAGCAUCUGUGUCGCAGGGGAAUUUCUCUAUAUUACCAAAAAUAAGUGUUGUCUACCAUCUCCUUUGUUAACGAUGGUGCACAUAAAUUUUUGUUUCCCUCUGGUUUAAUUUAAAUCACCGAAAAAUCCACCAUUGUCGGUAAAAAGCAAUGAUGUAACUAACCCCUCUGCAUUUUCAGUAGUAUACAUCAAUUCUCCAGGAGACAUACUUGCCUUAAUAUUGGGGCUUUUGGGUAAAUACCAAAGGAAAAAAUAUUGCCAGUCCAAGACAUCACUCCAUUUUUUGUUCUGUGGCCCAAUCGAUCAUUCUAAGGUGAUUCUCCAGCCUGUUCUAGCGAACCUUCAUCUGUCUCAUGGACUGUGUCUUUUAACAUCAUUCCUACAAAAAUGUACGGCUGUGCUUCCUUAGGGAAUCUUUGGGGCCUAUGGAAAAUUCCCACUGCUGUAGUACCCGGUGGUUGCUGAUCACCUGAAUCAGAAUCAGCUGGAAUCAAGGACACCCUACAAGUCACAGUGUCUCUAUGAGAACCAACGUCUGGUUGGUACACUCCUGUAGGUGCAAGCCUCUUGGCGAGUCAGUGGUGUCUUUGUGCAAAGAAAAAUGCGCUUCCUCUAACCUGCGCCAGGGCGCGUGUGGGCUGGAUGUCAGCCUCGGCGGCCUCUUCACCAGCACACCUCAGGACAACGCCGUGCCUUCGCCUAGGAUACGUGUGGAAACGCAGGCCCCAGGGACCCUUCCCACACCUACUGAGUGACAGUCUGUUCAAGUGAACUUGUUGGAAAAGCUCCAGAACAUUUGUUCUAGUGAGUGGAGAGACUGGAGGAAGGAAAACUCUUUGAAAGCAUUCUAGUCAUCCUGCUGUGAAAUUCAGGUUAGACCUUUUCCUUUAAGCCUUUCUCUCCUCCAUUUUGUAAUCAAGCUCCUUGGGAUAAAAGUUUCUUACGUUAUGUGUGUGUUAGGUCAGGCUGCCAUAACAAAACACCGCAGACUGGGGGGCUUAAGGCACAGAAAUUUGUUUUCUUACAGAUCUAAAGGAUAGAAGUCCAAGACCAAGGGGCCAGCAGGAUUGGUGUCUGGUGAGAGCUGGCUUCCUGUGUCCUUAUGUUGUUUUUUUCCUCUGUGCACAGGGUGGGAGUGGGGGAUUGCCAGUGUUUCUUCUUUUUGUUAGAAGGAUACCAGCCCUAUUGAAUUAGGGCCCCAAUCGUAUGGCCUUAUUUAACCUUAACUAGUAGACCUGAGCAAAGCGAAUAAGGAGGCGCGGAGAUUAAGAAUGCUGUGUGUUCCUAAAUGGAAAGAAAUACCAAGAAUGGGGAGGAAGUACUUCCUCCUCUGCCGCUGCCACCACCACCACCACCACCAGCCACUGCUAGCUGUGCGUGUUUGUCAUCGGUUCCUCUCCUGAGCCACCACUUGUGCAGUAAUGUCUUAUCUCCUAGGUGCUGAUGACUUUCAAAUCUGUACAUCCGUCUCCCUAGUUCACCUUCCCCCUGAGUAUUUCUGAUUUCCACAGGCAUCUCAAACACAAAAUGCCCAAGAUAAGACUUUGCAUCCAGGGGCGCCUAGGUGGCUCAGUCGGUUAAGCAUCCGUCAUCGGGUCAGGUCGUGAUCUCAUGGUUCGCGAGUUCGAGCCCCACCUUGGGCUCUGUGCUGACAGCGUGGAACCUGGAGCCUGCUUUGGAUUCUGUAUCUCCCUCCCUCUCUGCCCCUCACUCACAUUCUCUCUCUCUCAAAAAAUAAGUAAACAUUUAAAAAAUUAAAAAAAAAAAAAAAGACUGUAUCCAUAUCAACCCUCACUCUGCACUCUUCCUUACAUUCUUGUAUUUCCCACCUCUAAAAUUAUACUAACUAAUCCCAAAGCUGUAAAUCUGAUAAUGAUCCUAGGUUUUCCUCCACCCAAUCUGUUUCCUAAAUUCCUCCCAAACAAAUGCCCUUCUUUAUCUCUACCAUCACCACUGACUGAAGCCAACU